GUGAGCUUUAGUUCGUUUUUCCAGAGGGAGGAGCUGGGAGCGAUGAAGUGUGUCCUUCCGAAGAAACGAAACUACACUUAAAGUCAAACUUUUUCACAAACAACACAGACUUCACUGCAGACAUGGCCUCAGCCAGCAGCCUCCCAUGUGAAGAACAGCUCCUGUGUUCUAUCUGCCUGUGUGUGUUCACGGAGCCUGUCACUACUCCAUGCGGGCACAACUACUGCAAGGCUUGUAUCAUAGGGUACUGGGCCAGCAGUGGCCUGACACAGUGCCCUCUCUGCAAGAAGAGGUUCCGCAGAAGACCACAGCUUCAGGUCAACACAGAGUUCAGAGAUAUGGUGGAGCAUUUCAACAACAUGAGGGUGAGAAGUGACGAUGAGACCCUUGCAAAACCAGGGGAGGUGCCCUGUGACAUCUGCCUCGGGCUGAAGCUCAAAGCCCAGAAGACGUGUCUGGUGUGUUUAGCCUCAUACUGCCAGCUUCACCUGGAGCCUCAUCAGAGAGUCAAAACCCUUAAGAAGCACAAGCUGACUGACCCUGUGUCAAACCUGGAGGACAGGGUGUGUAAGAGGCACGAUAAGAUGUUUGAGUUCUUUUGUCACUCAGACCAGACAUGCGUUUGUUUCAUGUGCUUGAAAGAUGACCAUAUGAUGCACGUAGCUGUCCCGUUAGAGCAUGUGUUCAGAGAGAGGAAAGCCCAGCUGGAGAAUGUGUCAUCAGAAAUGAAAAUGAUUGAAGACACUGUAGCCACAAGUAUUAAGGAAAUUAAAUACUCAAUUGAACAGAGCAAGAAAAAGUCAGAGAAAGAGAUAGCAGACAUUGAUGAGGUUUUUGCUGCUCUGGUGGCCUCUCUGAAAAGAAGACAGGCCGAGCUGGUUGAGGUGAUCCAGGAGAAGCAGAAAGCAGUACAGAAGCAGGCUGAAGACCGUGUGACACAACUGGAGCAAGAAGUCAAUGAGUUGAGGAGGAGGAGAUCCAGAAUUGAGCAGGUCUCACAAGCAGAGGACGACAUCCACCACCUGCAGAACUGGCCAUCCCUCUAUUUCUCUGCACUCAACACGGACCAGUUCCUCCCCGAGUCCUUCUCCUCCCCUCCAUUUGCACCAGAUCUCUCUGACAGCAGUCAACAGAAUUACGUGGAAAUGGUUAAAAAAGCAGUGGCUAAGACUGAAAAGACACUCAGUAAUGAGAUAGAGAUGCUUCUUCAUGGGGUAACGCCGUCUGAUGACUGUGAGAGCGCUAAACAGCCUGAUGCAGCAGAAAAACUGAUGACAGAUGUGUUUGUUAAAGAAGCGUGGAAUCCGCCUCGGGACAGGCUGAUGAUGAUCCAGCAGUGCGAUGCCAUGGAUGUGACUCUGGACUCCUACACAGCCAAUCACAGACUCGUGGUGUCUGAGGAUGGGAAGCAGCUCCGAUUUAAUCAAGGCCAGGUCUUGGUUAAUGCUUUGUUUGUGAGAAGAUUUACCUAUCAGCCUUUCAUCCUUGGAGAACAAGGCUUUUCCUCAGGCAGAUUCUACUAUGAGGUUCGGGUCAGUGGGAGUGCAGGCUGGGUCCUGGGAGUGGUCAAAGAGUCCAUAGACAAGGAAAUCUUUUGGCCUCCCACCCCCGAGAAGGGAGGCUGGACAUUUGGUAAAUUGCACGACGAAGAUCAAUAUUUUUUUGAAUCUGGUUCCCUGCUCUUGAGGCAAAGCCCCCAGACAGUUGGUGUGUUUGUGGAUUAUGAGAAGGGAGAGGUCUCCUUCUAUGAUGUAGACACCAGGACUCUGCUCUAUUCUUACACAGAAUGUAUCUUCACUGAGUCCACUCCAGUACUAAAGCUUUUGCUCUAUUCCCUGGCUGGCAUUCCCAGUCUCAUAAGCACUAGGCCAAAGCUUUACCCUUUUUUUGGUGUUUAUGGAGACGACCAGGACAGCGUACUUACCAUCACUCCUGUAGCUCCUGCACCGUAAUGUGCCACAUACAGAAUUUGAUGUGUAACUUUUACCGAAAGGUUUUCUCUCAUUUCACACUUCAGCUCUGUUUGUUAGUAAUGGGGAGUAUACACAUUAUUGGAUUUCACUGUUAAACACUGUAUACUUCCUGGAAUAGAGACCUGAUUACAACUAUGCUCAUCAGACAGCAGAAGUAAUGUGUAUAUAUGUUCUAUAUGUUGUUUUUGUGUUAACCAAACAAAGCAAGUAAGAUCACUAGUUUGACAGUUGGUGCUGAGGUUAAUUUCUAGUUGGUAGGAGGGAAACUGUAGAUCAGUCAUAUACACACAAGUUGCAAUACCCACAUUUGACCAGAAGGUGGCAGGAUUGUUUAACAAGUGUUCUGGUCCGUUUCUGAAAGAAGCAAUGAGGAAACGAGGACUGGACAGUGGGAUCAUGGAAACUCAAUUCCAUUUUAUAGUCACUUUCAAAAAAUACUUUUAGUAGUUUAAUAUUAGUAUCAUUAGUCGUGGUUUACAUAGUUGUUGACGUCUCUGAACAUCAACUUUUUUUCAUUAUCAAUAAUCAUGUUCAUAACGUAUUUCUUUGAAUUUUAGCAUACAGUUCUGGGCAGAUAAUAUUUUAGCUAAUAAUGCUAAUCAGGACACGGUACUUACAUGGACAUACUUUUAUGUUUUGAUCACUUCAGAGUCCAUAAUUGAUUUUAUGUUAUCCUUUUAUCCACCUGGCAUGAUUGGCCAAACCGCACCCGAUAAAUGAGCUUCAGGUGUUUGCUAUGUAUUAUGUGACUAAUGUGUUUUUUUUUCUGCUCAAUAAAACUGGAUUUCUUU